AUGGCAUCUUCAUCCUCAUCUUCAUCUGGUAUACACAUUAAGUCUGGUCCAAUAGAUGGAGACGUUUUAUGGCUGCAACCUAAACAUGUUUCCGAACAUGUUUGGAAUGGAGAACCAGACAGGAAGUUACAUAUCAGACGAGCUGUACCCAUCUAUCAAGGACAAGAAGAAAUACCAGAGGAAAUUAUUCCUCUGCUUCGCCAAUCAGGAUUCUAUUGGAUAAUGAAAAUGGGGUACCUGAAAAUUAAUUCUUCAUUAAUUACAGCCUUGAUUGAAAGAUGGAGGCCCGAGACACACACGUUUCACUUGAGAUGCGGAGAGGCUACGAUUACUCUUCAAGAUGUGUCAGUGUUGUUAGGUCUUCAUACUGAGGGGGCACCAUUAAUUGGUCAGACUAAUCUUGAUUGGGCUGAAUUGUGUGAAGAAUUAUUGGGAGUCAGACCACAGGAAGGUGAACUUCAAGGCAGUGUGGUCAAAUUAAGUUGGCUGGCUCACCAUUUUUCAGAAAUAAAUAUCCAUGACGGGAACGUAGAACAAUUACAAAGGUUUACCCGUGCAUGGAUCCUCAGAUUCAUAGGAGGAGUUCUAUUUGUUGACAAAAGCAGCAGUAAAGUUUCCCUAAGGUACCUCCAAUUUUUACGGGACUUUGAACAGUGCAGCACGUAUGCAUGGGGACCUGCCGUGCUUGCUUAUUUAUACAGAGAGAUGUGCAGCGCCACUGAUUACAAAAUAAAAUCAAUCGGAGGUAUGUGCAUCUUAAUCCAAAUGUGGGCAUGGGAACGCUGCACGACUUUGGCUCCAAAGAGAACUCCUCCUAUAAUGGAAAACAAACCACUCGGACACAGGUGGCUGCGACGUGGAAACCAACAUAUUGGCAAUGAUGAUCUAAUAGUUUUCCGUCGCAAAUUGGAUAUCAUGAAACGACAUGAGUUUCUGUGGGAGCCUUACACAGCAACUGUUAUGUCGAUGUUGCCUCCCAUUUGUUUGGUUGGCAGUAUGGCGUGGUGCGCAGUGGUGCCACUCAUUUGUUUCCAUGUUGUAGAGUGGCACCAACCGGAUAGAGUGUUGCGACAAUUUGGAAUGCAACAACCUAUUCCGGAGUCUCCUUCGCAACCAUGGAAUGUCCACGGGCUAACACUGAAAGGCAAAAUGGAUGAAAAUUGGUUCCAGCUGUUGGCCCCAUUUAUCAGUUAGUGGAAUAAUCGAGCUGAGUUUAGGGUCGACGUUUAUGCUCGACAAGAGGGCCUAUUGAGUUUUAACUCGGAUUACAUGGUGUGGUAUAGGCGCAAAACAAAAAUGUUUAUCGACCCAAACAAUGCAAACACGGCUACAUUGGGUGAAGUUACCGAGACAUUGCAGUAUAUGGUGUCACCACAAGGGCGAAACACAUGGACAGUUGAUGAUCUCGUGCCAUAUGUGGAAAAGUUAGCGAUUUUAUCCCAAGAGCAAGAGAGGAUCACUGAGCCUGUGGCACAUGGUCCAGCAUCAGAGCGUCGAUUUCCCCCACAACAGUUUCACAUGCUUCAGUCAAGUGUUGAAACUCGAGGUUUUGACAGACGAAGGGAGAUUGUUCAAGCGGAAGAUUUUUCCCAACAUAUGGAGCAGCGUGGACAUGGAAUGUAUUACACGCCACCAACAUUUGCUCAGUAUCCUUCGCAGAUGUAUCAGUAUCCUUUCGAAGGCCAUGACACUGAUAUGUCUGCAAGCGAACAUUCGUUUGGUGGUGUUGCGGAAACACAACCUAAUUUUUCAUGGCCGACCAUGACCCCUUCGCAGCAACAUGAUGCCCCAAUGGCAACACCUAAUGCCCCAUUAGGUCAGCAAUGGGAUGUACCCGGAGCAAUCCCUGCAAUGGGUGACUUAUUAGGUGUUGAUUUGCGUCACGAGUUUUCUGCAGAGGCUGAGGAACAAGGGCGGAGACAGCGCGCAAGAAGAAAUCCGGAUCGUCAAGCCCGAAGGUGGGAUCGACCAUGUGGCACAUCCUCGCGCCAUCACGGACACCAUAAUGACUGAUUUUGAUGUCUCUAUUUGAAAUUUGUUUUGUAUCUUUGUAAUUUGAAUUUCAGACUUAAUUUAUGGUAUGUCAUUGUAC